AUGAGCGCGCCCUCCGCCGCCCCCAGCCUCCUGCCGCUGCUCGAGACCCUGGAGGAGCCCGCCGCGCCGCCGGGGGACGUCACGGACGCGCUGCUCACCGUCGCCAAUCGCUUGACUGGCGAGGAGGCCAAAGAAUUCACCGUGGAAGUCAGGAGACACUUCUCUCGCCUGUGCAAAGCACUGAAGGAACACAUUUCUAGUCAAAACUCGGAGCUAAGUAAUGCAGCAUUACAGGCCUUGGGAUUUUGUGUUUUUAAUUCCAAGAUUACAUCUGAAUUAUCUGCAACAGAAGUAAAGGAGCUGCUUUCUGCAGUGAACAACAUUGCCGUGAAAACUUCAGACAAAAACACUCGCACUCGAGCACUUUGGGUGAUCUCUAAGCAGACAUUUCCUUCUGAAAUUGUUGGAAAGGAGGUGUCCAGCAUCCUUUCUACACUGGAAGCAAUCCUUACUAAAGGAGAUGUACCUUCCAUGGUCGUUGAAUACGAAGCACUGAAUGUUGUGAUACGCUUAGUGGAGCAAGCACCAGCCCAGAUGGGAGAAGAGGCCGUGCGGUGGGCAAAGCUGAUCAUCCCUCUGGUCGUCCAUUCUGCUCACAAGGUGCAGCUGCGCGGUGCCACUGCGCUGGAGAUGGGCAUGCCCCUGCUGCUGCAGAAACAGCAGGAGGUGGCCGCGCUCACCGAGCACCUGAUGACCACGAAGUUAAUUACAGAACUCCAGAAAUUGUUCUCUACAAAAAAUGAGACUUAUGUCUUGAAAUUAUGGCCACUGUUUGUGAAACUGCUUGGAAAGACUCUGCAUCGUAGUGGAAGUUUUAUUAACUCAUUGCUGCAGCUGGAGGAACUUGGAUUUCGUAGUGGCUCACCAGUGGUAAAGAAAAUAGCCUUCAUUGCAUGGAAGAGUCUAAUAGAUAACUUUGCUCUAAAUCCAGAUAUACUGUGCAGUGCUAAAAGGUUGAAGUUGUUAAUGCAGCCCCUGAGCUCUAUCCACGUGAGAACAGAGGCUUUGGCCCUGACAAAACUCGAGGUCUGGUGGUAUUUACUUAUGAGACUGGGACCACAGUUGCCUGCAAACUUCGAACAGGUCUGUGUACCGUUAAUCCAGAGUACUCUAAGUCUAGAUUCUUCUGCUGCGUUGCAAGGAACGCCUUCGCGUGGCCCAGCCAACCAGAGCUUGGCCUCAACAAACCCUGCACAGAAAUCAGCUCCAUACCCUUUUGGAAGCCCAGCCACACCAAGGAUGAACUUGAGUUCUGGUGCAGCAGGAAUGGUCAUGAUUCCUUCCAUUCAGCUCCUGGGAAUCGAGAUGCUGCUUCACUUUUUGAGGGGCCCAGAAGUUUUGAAUUUUGCCAAGGAAAAUAAGCUCGUACUGAGUUUAGAGCCUCUUCAGUACCCACUGAUCAGUAGCCCGUCUUUCUUUUGUAAGCAUGCCAGCACACUUAUAAAUGCUGUUCAGGAUGGCUUCAUUGCAAUUGGAAAAGAGGUUCCUGAUUCUAUGCUGAAUGUUAUAUGGCAGGACGUUAAUGGAUAUGUAAAAACAGCUAUCGAAUCAGGAAAUAAGAAAGAAAAGCAGGGAUCUGAAGUACUGACUAUGUUGCUACAGACCUUAAAAAACAUUGUUAGAUCAAAUUCUCUUCCUAUGCCAAAAGUCUUGUCCCUCAUUGACAUUACUGUUAAGGAGUUGCCUGCAAAAGUCUUGGGGUCACCAGCUUAUCAGAUUGCUGAUAUGGAUCUCUUAAAUGGAACACCAGCUUUAUUCUUAAUUCAGCUGCCUUUCCAUAAUAACCUCUUGGAGCAGUGUGUAACAGAUGAGAGGUUCUUCAUAAUCUUGGAAACCCUUGUGGGCUGUGUUUUAUCUGGUCCUACAUCCCUACUGGCUUUCAGUGAAUCGCUGUUCUGCAUUAUUAAUCAAAGUGCAAAGCAGGUGGAGAACAAGGAGCAUCUCUGGAGAAUGUGGAGUGUUGUUGUUAACCCGCUCACCGAAUGGAUUAAUCGGACUAAUGAAGUAAACCAGGGAGAUGCACUGGAACACAACUUCAGUGCUGUCUAUAGUGCGCUGCUGCUACCUGUAUUCCAUAUCUUCCCAGUUCCAGAUUUUCCACAGCCAACGAUGAAGUCCUUGUUGCACACGUGGUCAGACCUGUAUAGAGCAUUUGCUCGCUGCGCUGCUUUAGUUGCAACAGCAGAAGAAAACGUAUGCUGUGAAGAACUUUGUGCAAAAAUAAUAUCUGGGCUAGAAGGUGAAAUUCCAGUAGUCUCUUCAGUAACAGAGGGUCUCACACAUGUUAUGUCGGUUGUGGUGGACUGCAUCAACUUUGCACCAUAUGGUACUAAGUAUCAGCCAAAAAUCAGAUCUCCGCAGACACCUACAGACUGGUCUAAGAAGAAGAAGGAGCCCCUUGGAAAGCUUGCCCCUCUAUUCAAAAUCCUGGUGAUGUUGGCAAACUCUUUCCAUGCGUUCAGUUCCAAAGAAAUCUGUUCAGAAACACUGGUCUCUGUUGGUUCUUCAAUUAUUGCUAUUCUUCACAAUAUCAUCAGCCACGUUUCGUUGCCUUCAGUGAUUGGGACUAUGUUUGCAAUGUUUUCAAAACCUCUGUCAGUGUUUUAUGAAAAAACAAAGCUUGCUGAUGUCCCUAAAGCCUAUAAUAAUCUUAACAGCAAGCUUGAAAAAUUACUGGCAGAGAUCAUCCUGUGUUUACAGUCUCACUGCACUGGCUCCUUUGACAGUGAGCUGCUGAAGCAGCUUUCUCCCUUGCUCUGCACACUCUUCCAGCACAAGAGCAAACAGAUACGCAACCAAUGUGCCAACUUCUGGAAUGCAACGUUUGCAAAGGCGACAUCGUUAACAUACCCUGAAGAAUUAAAAGCGGUCCUGACUCGAGCCAAGCAGAAAACGCCGCUCCUGCUGCCUGGUUUUGAAAGCGUGGAGAUAGCAGAGGAAUACAGUGGCCCCUUCUCUGAUGCAAUGGAGAAUUCGCAAUGGGAUACAAAGAUAAGUGGAAUGGAAGUAAAGUCAGCUCGAAAACGAGAUUCUCUGUUGGCACAGACAAGUGAAUUAAAAAAUGAAGUAAAAGACAAGACCAGUAAUGUUCAAGUAACAUCUGCAAAGCUGAAACUAGAAUUUUCUUCUGUGAAGACUAGAAGUGAGAUAGAUUUGGAAGAGGAGAAAUCUGCUGAUUUUGUGUUUAUUCCUCCAGAAGCUAAAGCAAGAGUAUUGACAGAACAUCAAAAAGAAGUGCUUAGGUCAAAGAGAUCUGACAUUCCUGCAAUGUACAACAAUUUGGACACCUCACAAGACACUACUUUAUUUUCUCAGUAUACUCAGAGCCAGGAAGAGUCUUUAGAUAAAUCUUCUUUAAAAGACAACACAAAAGAAGAUAUGGAAAAGAAACCUCAGGAAGAAGAUGCAAAGAGUGAGGGCUGCCUGGAUGAGCCAGAUGUAAGCAUGGAGGACUGUGAAUCCAACAGUGCUCUUGACGGUGCCAUCGAUGUGAAAAACGGGCCCCUUCCCCACACAGAGGAGAGCCCCGCUUCAAAAAGCACCGGGGAGCUCGAGGAAGGAGCUGACGCGGUUCUGAAGGAGCCAUCGUCUGGAGAGGAACUAGAGAAAAGCGCCGUGGAAGCGGCUUCAAAUGAGGCCUCGGCAGCGGGAAGAGAAAACACCUCCAACGUGAGCAGCAGCUCGACCUCGAGCGACGUGAUCUCCGGGACGCCGCAGCCCGCGAGCCGGCGCCAGUCGUUCAUCACGCUGGAGAAAUUCGAUAGCUCGGAGCACAGACCCUUCAGCGUUUCAGCACUGAGCAGCUUGUCGGAAGUUCCUGGGAAGGCUGCUGGGUCAGAGAAGCAGGAAAAUACGAAUAAAUCCAAGGUUGAUGCUAAGGCAGAAAAAUGCGGUGAAGAGAGUAAAAAUGCUUCGAAGCCUGAAUCUGAAGAGAUAGUUACUGCAAUACGGAGGCUGACUCGCAGGCAGAGCAAAAUUGAGCAACAAGGAAAUAAGCAGCCCAAACUUUCAACCAAAGCAGACAAAGAGAAGAGUAGCCAAGAGCCUUCUGUUCCUGUCAGUAUGGAAAAUAAUCCUGAGCUAGUGGAAGAAACGGAACGUGUUCUGCUUGCUCAGUCUCAAGCUCUCCGCUCUACCGAUGCAGAAAUUAAAAAGAUAGAAGAUACCCUAGCAGAAAUGGAAAAGAUCAGGGCAUUGGAUGCAGACUCCAAAGAAAAUAAACCCCCAGAGAGCACUGCAGCAUCUGACCAGGUAGCAGGUGUCGAUAAUCAGGUCCCGCACGUGUCUCCUAACCCAAAAGCGCUCAGACGAUCGUUAAGACGACGGUCGGAACCCACAGAAGGCGCCGCAGGGAGCCAAGAUAAGGAAAACAGCCACCAGAAGAAAGACAAGCGUAAAGAAGACGAAAAGUCUGCGCAAAAGAAGGGCCCACAGAUUAAAGACGAUGUGUCCCAAAAGCAGAAAGCAGCAGAAGCUGGAAAUAAAGCAGAAGACAAUGCACCCGAGAGAGCCGCUGCAGAAGGCUCUGGCUGCAGAGAGUCCUGCGCUCCCAGGGGUCCCGAGGAGGAAGAGAACAGGAGUGCCAGGAGGCCGGAAGAUGCCUCGAAGGCUGAUACAGAAAGCCAGGACGCCAGUUCGGAUGUGGCCGCUCAGAAGGUGGUGAGGGAACGGCCGCGGUACCACACGAGAAGGGCUUCACAGGGGCUGCUCUCCAGCAUAGAAAACUCAGAGGCCGAUAGCUGUGAGGUCAAGGAAGAAAACACAAGGAAGAAAAGAUCAGGGAAAGUGAAAAAUGAUGCUCUAGAAGUUAAAUUGAAAGAACAGGUGCCAGAAGGGCACGGCCAUGAGGUUUCUUCUCAGGAAACUGAAAGGAAGGCUGCAGUGGAAGUGAACAGCAGCGAGCUAAGCUGCGAGGCCAGCACAGAUGCUGCAGCCCCGGCUGAACCUGCUCAGCUGAAAACCCAGGCGGUGCAGCCAGGCGUCAGCGAGGCCCCGGGACCCGCCAGCCCCAAGGCCUCGCCUGAGGCGCAGAGUGCGGAGGGGGAACAAACCACGACCGCUGGGUUGGCCGAGUCUGUCAGCAACCCGCGUGCAUCUGAGCAAGCUUUGAAAGCGGCCGAGGAAAACAAGUGUGCUGGAAAGCGGAAAAGCGCAGAGGAUCCUAGCUCGGGUGUCCCCCCCGAGCCCGUAGCAGGGGCACACGCUGCAGGUGCUGGUUUUUCCCCUUCGCAAAUACCCGAGUGUCAGCACAAGAGAAGCAAGAGGACGAGAAGGGCACGGAGCUGUGAUUGUUGCGUAAAGGCAAAGCAGCAACUGAAGUCGUUAAGUGAAAUAAAAGUUGAGAUUGACACCGAGCUGAGCGAGUCCCCAGCAACCCCUACUCGGGCAGCCCCGAAUACCUCAGAGAUGUCGGGAGAUUCCAACUUGGAGGAGAGCUUGCCCAUGGCCCCGUGUGCCAUGAGCACCCCGUUGCUUCCCACGGCGGAAUCAAGCGUGCUGAGCUCGCCAGGAGAGACAGAAUCCAAGGAGAGUUUGCAGGGGAAUUGUGUCGCAGCCGAGGAGGAUCUGGAGGGUGACGCGGCGCGUGCGGCAGGCGGCAGCACCGAGCCGGUGGUGGAAGCAGAAGAGCCCCUGGAUCAGAGGGACACGGGGGAGCCGCGUCCCGCGGAGCCUGCGGCGCCGGCUGAGCCCGCGCUCCGGGAAGGGGACAGUCACGAGGCGCCGUUGGAGGAGGCGCCGUUGGAGGAGGCGCCGGCGGCCGCCAGCCCGGCGGGGCAGAGGGAGAUGGAGGAGCAGGAAGCCGAGGAGCAUCGUAAAGAUGAAAUCAGUGUGGGAGAGCCUUUCAGCUUGCAGGAUGCCGAGAUGAAAGAGGAAUUGAUAGAAACUGAAAUUCAAGUGCCUGAAAAUGUCACCUUAGAUCAAGAAGGUGCAGAAGGAAACAGCAGUGUGGAAUCCCCUGAAAAGCCAAAAGAUCUUGAUCCUUUAGUUUUAAUUAAUGAAAGCCCGACUGGUGUGCAGGCACGCUCUAUGUGGUCUCCUUCAGCAUCUCCAUCCACCAGUAUUUUAAAGAGAGGUGUAAAAAGAAAUCAAGAUGACGAUUCCUUGUCACCCGCUAAUAAGAUUCGCCGAGUGUCUUUUGCAAACCCCAUUUAUCAAGAAGGUCUGGCAGAUGACAUAGACAGGAGAAGUCCCGUCGUUAGAUCCCAUUCCUCAAAUGGUUCACCGUCCUCACGAAGCCUUAAAAUUUUAUCUAACAUUCAGCCUAAGCAUAUUACCACUCCAACCAAAGGAUUUCUGUCCCCAGGAUUCCGUAACCUUAAAUUUAAGAGCUCAAAGAAGUGUUUAAUCACUGAAAUGUCCAAAGAAUCGCUGCCCUGCUUGACAGAACGUGUGUAUCCUGCCUUAGUUGGCUGUAAAGCACCAGUUGAUAUAAUUUUACCUCAGAUUACAUCAAAUAUAUGCGCAAGAGGUUUGGGGCAGCUCAUUCGAGCGAAGAAUAUUAAGACAGUGGGUGAUCUGAGUACUCUGACAGCCUCGGAAAUCAAAACUCUUCCCAUCCGCUCUCCUAAAGUUUCCAACGUUAGAAAAGCUCUAAAAGGAUAUCAUGAGCAACAGGUGAAGUCUCGAGGGUUGGAGGAAAUCACAGCGCUGGAAGACGCAGAGAAGCCAAUAAACAGCACAGAGGAUAAAUCGUUUUCUGGGGAUGAAGAGAAACUUGCGACAGACCUGGUGGAGCCGGUUGUGUUGACCAGCCCUCCCGCCGCAGACCUGCUGAGCCAGGUGGAGGCGCUGGCCGCUCGCCUGAGCGCCGCCGACCUCCACAGCUACCCGGGCAGCCAGCUCUUCGAGAUGCAGGAGAAGCUCGUGGGCAUGACAAACUGUAUCAUGAAAAACCUGCAGGCCCGCUGGAAAUCGCCACCCCAUGAAAGUUUCGAGUAGCUGCUCAUCAUGUCUAAGCAAGGAGGACUUUGUUACAAUGAUUUUCUUUUUUCUGACAGCCUGCUUUUCAUAUUGAAUUGCUCCAUAAACUGUGCAUUUGUACUAUAGAAAAAUUUUUAAGAACGAUAUGGGCAAAUGUAU